AUGGAGAAAAUAGAUGUCCACGCCCAUGCCAUUCCUCCGUCCUAUCGCGCCCGCCUCGUCGCGCACAACCACGAGCGCCCGGACGGCAUGCCGUACAUACCGGCCUGGAGCCCCUCUUCGCACCUCUCGUUCAUGGAGAGGAUGGGCAUUUCCACGUCCAUACUGAGCAUUACUUCGCCAGGGACGUAUUUGGUUCAGGGCGACGACGACCUGAACCGCAAGAUCACGCGCGAAGCCAACGACGACCUGGCGGGGAUCUGCAGGGAGAACCCGGACAAGUUCAGGUUCUUCGCGAGUCUGCCGCUGCCGGAUGUGGAGGGGACGCUGGCUGAAAUCGAUCGCGUCCUCGAUCAGAAUGACAAGUCGAGUGAGCAGACGGGGCUCGCGAAGGGUAGGAUGUGCGUCGGAUUCGUCAUUCUGUCCAAUGCCGCUGGGAUUUACCCUGGAGACAAGUCUCUUGCGCCGGUAUGGGACAAGCUGAAUCAGCGUAAAGCGGUCGUCUUCGUCCAUCCAACCAGUUGUCAUUUAUGCCCGUCUUCUGCCUCUGCAGGCCAUGAGGAAGCGCAAGCAGCGUCUGUACCAGCAACUUCACCAAACGGCGGCAGAGCAGUCCCUUCAUACCACCCGAUCCCUGUCUUCCCAAAUCCGAUGUUGGAAUUCCCCUUCGACACGACGAGGGCGAUUGUAUCCCUAAUCCUCAACGGCACAAUUCAACGGAAUCCAGAUAUUCGAAUCAUAAUCCCCCAUGCUGGUGCCGUGCUCCCACCCUUGAUUGCACGCUUUGCGGCUGUGUCCUCAUUCAUGGUCCAAGUGGCCUCGGCUACGGGGCGAGAUGCCGGUGUCAUCGCGGUUUCCGAACAGGAGGUCAAGGACAUCUUUGCGCGCCAGUGCUACUUUGACCUUUCUGGCACGCCGUAUCCGGACCACUUGAAGAUGUUGCUGCUGGUGAUGCCAGAUGCCCAACGCAUACUGUACGGAACGGACUAUCCGUUCACCCCUGGCGAUGCACUUGUCGCAGCGAGGGCAGUCCUGGACGGUGCUUUAUUGCAAUUCUUUCCCGGAGACAAGGCAGACAAGGUCAUGAGGAAAAACGCCGAAGACGUCUUUGCGUAG